AUGAUCGGCUGGGCGAUCGUAAGAUCAUCCUCGAACCAACAAGGUUAUGUCAAUUUCAAUUCGCUGGUUUAUAAGAGGACCGAGGGGAAAGCGCCCGGUGCUGCGAACGCCCACCCUCACCUGUCAGAGAGAGAAAUGAAUCAGGAUAGGAUGAGUGCGAACAGCGGUGGACGGCCGACUUGUGUCGUGCGCGGGUCGAUUAAUCACGAUGAGUACUUCUACGUACACCACAUCGCCCGCCCCGGCGAGACCAUCUCCUCGUACGACCACGAGAGCCGCGUUGGCGGCAAGGGCGCCAACCAGGCUGUCGCUGUCGCACGCGCGGGCGCCGCAGUGCGCUUCUAUGGCACCAUUGGCGAGGAUGGACUCUGGAUCAAGGAGAGGAUGGAGCGGUGGGGGAUUGGCGUCGAGGGGAUCUUGGUGGGGGAUGAACCUACGGGCCGUGCGAUCAUACAGGUCGACGAGGAGGGGGAGAAUAGUAUCAUCCUUUUCCCAGGUGCGAACCACAGCGAGCUGCAUGAGACGCUCUUCUCGCGGCACGCCUCGCCCUCCUCUUCUCCACCACCUCCCCACGUCCAUCCCGCCUCCGCCUCCCGCUCCCCCCUGACCUCCCACUCCUCUCCUCCCACCGGCUGGUUUCCUCCUGCCACGCACCUCCUCCUACAAAACGAGAUCUCACGCGCGUCGACAUACUACGCCCUGCAGCACGCGCGCGAAGGAACAACGGUCGUACUCAACCCCUCACCGCUGCCGAGCGAGGAGGAGAUCAGGGCGUUCAUGUGGCAUCGCGUGGAUUGGCUGCUGGUGAAUGAGAGGGAGGCGAGGGGGUUGUAUGGGGCGUUGACGAAUAGAGGAGGGAAGGAGGGGAGUGCCAGAGCAAGCUCAAGCCCACGGAUUAAUCCUGGAGGUGGUGGUGGGGUAGGGGGGAGUGGAACGGGAAAUAGUAUGGGCAGCCCGACCCAGACGCUAUCCAACCGCGAACUCAUCGCACGCCUCUCCGCCCUCCCUGCUUUCGCCAACGUGAACAUCGUGUGCACCCUGGGCGCGGACGGCGUCCUCGCGUUCGUCCCCGCGUUCCACCGCCCCCGUACGCCAGUGGAGGCGCCGUCGUUCAUGCACCUGCCCGCUGCGCGGCUGAUUGGGGGUGUGCCAAAAGAUACGACGGGCGCGGGAGAUACGUUUGCGGGUUAUUUUGUGGCGGGGUUGAUGGAGUUUGGGGAGGGGGCGUGGGUUGGGAGGGGUGUGGGGCAUGGGAGUGACGGAAGGGUGGGAGGGAGAGGGAGGGAGAUUAAGGAAGCGGAUGUGGUUAGGCUGCUAAAGGUGUGCGUACAGGCAGCGGGGAUGUGUGUGGAAAAGUCGGGCACGAUUGAGAGUAUCCCGACAAGGGCACAGGUGGAGGAGAGGAUGGCGAUGGCGAUGAGCGCUUAA